CCAACAUCCAACUCCCUGAAAUCCCCACGUAGAAAAGAUUUUACGAAAAGUCCGCCAUUUUCAUCCUUCCUCCAUCUCAUUCUCUGGAUAUUCCCACCAAUUCAUCUUCCUCGAACAAGUUGCAGAGAUCGGGGAAGGGAUGUCCGGAUCUCAAAGCUCCAGAUCUCUGCAAUUCCUCUUCUUCCUUUUUAAUUUUAUCUUUCUCCAUUCUCUUUCAGUGUUGGCAAAUGACAAUUCAAGUGCUAAAGAUGGUGGUAAAACUAAAAAGGACGAUGUUCGGAGGAGCCCGUCAAUGGGGAUCAAGAUCCUAAUCAUAUGUCUAGGAGUUGUGACUGUUAUUGCCUUUUCUGUAAUUCUAUUCAAGAUAUGGCAGAAGAAGAAGAGAGAAGAACAACAUGCCCGUCUACUCAAGCUGUUUGAAGACGAUGAUGAACUUGAAGUCGAGCUUGGCCUUCGAGAUUGAUGAGCUCCGUGACACUCGUACUCUGUAUCCGAUUAAUGAAGAGGAGGUCCACAUUUGUGGAUUGAAUUGGCUUUUGUUUAAAUGGUGCACAUACAAGCUCUUAGAUCUUAUUCCAAUUUUGUUUUUGGAUAAGCCGGGCUCGUAAAAUAUCAUAGCAAAUUCUUUCUUGUGAAUUAGUUUUGAAUAAUGUUGUUCCUCCUUCAAUCAUUCAUCUUAGACAUGUAACAUGUUUAUGUUCUCUGAGGCAUGUCUCAAAUAUAAAUCAUUGUUUAGUGAAUUGGUCACGUCAUAUAGUAAAUAUACGUUACAUUUUUCAAGGGGGUGGGAAAUGGUGGUUGAUAGUAUAUGCUGUUGAACUAGCCAUGUUCUGAAGAAUGAGACGAUUUUCAUUUCCAAAAUGGAAGACCUUGUUGUUAGUUUAAAUCCCUUUCUUAA